AUCAAAAUAUUUACUCAUUUUGUAUUUUUUGUAGAGUGUAGUUUUUUAGGCAUAGGUAAUCUUGGUUUCCAAAUCUGUCUAGUAUGCUGUUUUAUUUAUUUAUUUAUUUAUUUGUAUACAAUUUUAAAUUGCUUAUGUUGUUUUCCAUCUAGAUUCUUGAGUAGUUGGGUGUGACUGUUCUUAACCUUGUAGGAGUUAACUGGUUAACUGUUACUAUAUAGUAGUUACUCCCUCGUCUUACUUGUUUAUAAACUUUGUGACCCAUUGGAAAAGUUAAUAAUCUCCAAUUUACCUGGAAAAAAAUUUUGGAAAUUGGUUAGUUCAAAAACAAUGUGUACGCUCUGAGCUAAAUAGUGCAUACUUAAAAGCUGUAAGCUGGGCAUGGUGGUGCCUAUCUGUAAUACUGACAUUUGGAAAACUAAAGCAAGGAGGGCCAUAAGUUUGAAGCCAGCCUGGGCUACACACAGGGAGAACUUGCCUCAAAAAAAAAAAAAAAAUUAAAAUUAAAAGGCUCUGAAUAUCUUUUAGAGUUAAUUAUAGUGAUUUUUAUUCAAUGCUACAUCUCUUAUGGGAGCGCAUUAAAUUCUGUAAUACUCUACAUUUUAUUGUACUUGACAGUUUCUGAAACUUUUAUACAUGUUUAAUUCUCAGAACUUUGCAAGAUAGGUAUUCCCAUUUUUUAAUUAAGAAAUCAGAUUUAGAGAGUUUAGGAACAGAAAAUUUUUGUAAAGCUGCAGAGAUAUGUUUAUAAUGUAGUCUUCUAAUGUCAGAUCUGUUUACUUCAGAUAAACUAGUAGUUCAUGAGAAUCACCUGGUGUGCCAUUAAAAUAUUUCUGUCUCCCCAGGUUCACACUUGGAAUUCUUGGGAGACUGAGAUCUGGAGGAUCUCAGUUUAAGGCCAGCCAGAGCAAAUAGCUCAAGAGACCUCCCCCCCAUCUCCCAAAUUACCAGAGCAAAUGAACUGAAGGGAAUAAUGACAAGAAAGUCUACGUGUAGGUCUAGCUGAGUAGUACAUGAUCUUCAGUUGGCUGAAUCCUUGGAUGUGGAGCCCAUGGAUACAGAACCUGUGGAUACAGAGGGCCGACUAUACUUUGAAGUGCAUCUAUCCUUUGGGCUCUAAAUCACUUAGUAAUUUAAUUUCUCCUGAUUUGGAAGAUUGUGACAUUCCCAGUAAACCUCAGAAAAGAAAGAUCUUGGAAACCAACUAUAAAGAUUCACUUCUUUUAGCAAAUUCCAAAAAGACGAGAAACCAUACUGUUACGGAUGGGGAACAGAUUUUGCAGAGUAAACGUAAUGGAGAGGUAUGUGAUGAAAUCUCACCAAACUUACCAUGUAGUAGCAGUCAACAGAAUCCAAUUCAGACCGCUGAUUCCCUGGAGCAGAAUGAGACUCUGCAAGAUGAUGGUGAAGUUGACAUGGCUACUGAGGAAAAACCUGUUUCAGUUGCUGUCUCAGAAACUGGGGGAAUUUCCCCUCAAAGUGAAGGAUCGGAACUGGAAAUGCCAUUGGACAGCAGAUGUGUGUCAUUUUGCCAGACAUUACGUGUGCAGUGGAAAAAUGCUCAUGCUCUCUGUUGGUUAGACUGUAUCCUGUCAACCUUGGUGCAUUUGGAAAGGUUGAAGAACACUGUGACUGAACUGUACUCCAAGGAGGAGUCUAUAUUUUGGCAGUUGUUUGAAAAAUAUCAUCAAGCAAAUAAGCUUUUGUAUGACUGCCAGUCAGAUGGAGUUAAAGAUGGAAAUUAUAAAAAACUUACUUCGGAAAUAAUUGCAGAGAUAGAAACUUGUCUGAAUGAAGUCAGAGAUGAAAUUUUUACAAAACUUCAGCCUCAGCUUAGAUGCACAUUAGGCGAGAUGGAAAGCCCUGUGUUUGCAUUUCCCUUGCUCUUAAAAAUAGAACCCCACAUUGAAAAGCUCUUCACAUACUCUUUUUCUUGGGACUUUGCAUGUUCACAGUGUGGACACCAAUACCGAAACAGGUGUAUGAAGAGUCUGGUCACCUUUACAAAUAUCAUCCCUGAGUGGCACCCACUUAAUGCUGCACAUUUUGGUCCAUGUAACAAUUGCAGCAGUAAAACACAAAUUAGAAAAAUGGUAUUGGAAACAGUGUCUCCUGUGUUCAUGCUGCACUUCGUGGAAGGCUUACCACAGAGUGACUUGCAGCAGUACACAUUUCAUUUUGAGGGUGCUCUUUAUCAAAUAACAUCCGUAAUCCAGUACCAAACAAGUAAUCAUUUUAUAACAUGGAAUUUAGGUGCUGAUGGAAGUUGGCUGGAAUGUGAUGACUUAAAAGGUUCAUGUGCUAAAAGGCAUGAGAAAUUUGAAGUUCCUGCUUCUGAGGUACAUAUUGUUAUUUGGGAAAGAAAAACAUCCCAAGUGACAGCUAAAGAAGCUGUCUGCUUUCCACUCAAGAAGCCCAGUGAUGAGCAGGCGUUCAGUGAGGUGAUACCAGCAUCUCCAGCACUGUGUUCUGUGGGUGAGGCUGCCCCGGCCGAAACCGCAGUCAUUCACCCCCCACAUACCUCAGUUGCUCCUCCUACUCUUCCACAGGACAAAACUGUAGCUCACAGAGAUUGUGUACCUUCUAGUCCAAAAUAUUUGGAUGACAAUAAUAUUUUAUCUUUGACACUUGAAGGAACUAUCCAGAAAACUGCCUCUGUUUUCCAGAUUAACUCCAAAGAUUUCCUAUUAGAAAACAAACCUGUGGCAGAAAAUAUAGGACUUGUCAAAACAAAUACUUUGCAAUUACAAGAAUCACUAAUGUCUUCUUCAGUGUCUGCUCCGUGUAAAGAAAAGCUUAUCCAAGCCCAAUUUGUGGAUUUAAGCUUCCCAAUUCAGAUAGUAAAUACAAACACAAAUAGAGAACAGCCGAAUACAAAAGAUACUGCAGUUUCAAAAUCUGUGAAUACCGUUCAUGCUGCUGAUGUUGUUCAGGGAGUGAGAUGGGUGGAAGCUCAGCAGGAUGCUCAAUUGCAACAGUUCUUUCCAUUAAAACAUGAGAAAUUAGAACCAGACAGCAACAAUAAACAGUACCAUCCAUCUCGGGUACCUAAUUUGAAGAAAAGAGAAACCACAGCAGCUCCUCAAACUGUAACAGCUAAGUCAUCCCAGAAUCAGGCACCAAAAGAAAAUCAAAAGAAACCUUUUGUGGGAAGUUGGGUGAAAGGCCUAUUAAGCAGAGGUGCUUCUUUUAUGCCACCUUGUGUUUCAGCUCAGAAUAGAAACACUUUAACUGAUUUGCAGCCUUCAGUUAAGGGGGCAAAUAAUUUUGGUGGCUUUAAAACUAAAGGUGUAAGCCGAAAGGCUAACCGGGCAUCCAGGAAAGCUGACAGGUGUGCAGGUAAGCCUCAUCCCAUCAGCAGCAGCCUUCCACUAGGUCUUCUGCCAUCAGGAAGCAAAGCUCCUCAUCUUCAUGCUGGGGAGAAUGCUGCUUCAGAACUUUUGAAGAAGCAGGAAAGCACCACACAUGGUGCUCACCUCAACGGACAUCCUCACGGAAGCGAAAAUGGCCAAGGAGAGUCGGUGGAAGGUCAGAUUCAUAAACUUCGUCUAAAACUUCUUAAAAAACUAAAGGCAAAAAAGAAGAAAUUAGCUGCUCUUACCUCUUCCCCCCAAAGUGGAACACCUCCAAGUGAAAAUUCAGAGCAUGUGUCCCAUUGUGGGUCUCCAAAUGAUUGUGAAUCAAUAGAAGACUUGUUAAAUGAACUUCAGCAUCAAAUUGAUAUUGCAGAUAAGUCUGGAAGUACCACUGUUCCUAGUGUUUCCUCAUAUAGUAGUCAGACCCAUGAAGAAAUUUUAGCAGAAUUACUGUCUCCUACAACUGUUCCAACAGAGCUCUCAGAAAAUGCUGAGGCUGACUUUAGGUAUUUGGAAAUGGGAGGUAACCAUAUUCCAGCACCAGUACCUAGUGAGUUAAACAGCAUGCUCCAAAAUACACAUCUGAAACAGGACCAUAACUAUUGCAGCCCCACCAAGAGAAACCAGUAUGAGGUUCAGCCAGACUCACUGACAAAUAAUACCUGCAUGAGAACAUUAAACUUGGAGAGUCCCUUGAAGACCGAUAUUUUUGAUGAGUUUUUUUCUACUUCACUAAGUUCUUUAGCAAAUGACACAUUAGACAUACCUCAUUUUGAUGAAUAUUUGUUUGAGAAUUGCUGAAUGCUUAUUAACUCUUUAAUAUUUAUUGUUCCAGAAAAACUUGUGUUUUCAGAUAGUUUUAUACACUGGCCUGUGUAAUAACCAUGAAUAAAAUGUCAGCUGCUGAAAGUUUUACCUUUGAUUCUGCCCAUGAAG